UUCUAAUACCAUAAACUCUCCAACACCGCCCUCUGCUGGCUUUUGAAGGAAAGGUCAGCCAGACCGGAAGCCGGUUCCGGAUGCUCCGGAAGUGAACCUUUCUUUUCCGGGCCGAGCAUCUGGGGGUCUGCACGUGGUUGUGUUGCCGGACUUGAACGGGCGCUGAUCGAGAAGUUGAGCCGCAAUACCAGAGCUAGUGAGCCGAACCGGAGCCAUGGAGGGUCAGAGCGUGGAGGAGCUACUGGCAAAGGCGGAGCGGGACGAGGCAGAAAAGCUGCAGCGUAUCACGGUGCAUAAAGAACUGGAACUGGAGUUCGAUUUAGGCAAUUUGUUGGCCUCGGACCGGAACCCCCCUACGGGGCUGCGGUGCGCGGGACCCACACUGGAGGCCGAGCUGCGGGGCCUAGCGCGGGACAACACGCAGCUGCUCAUCAACCAGCUGUGGCAGCUGCCCACGGAGCGCGUGGAGGAGGCGCUAGUGGCACGGCUGCCCGAGCCCACCACCCGCCUACCUCGCGAGAAGCCGGUGCCCCGGCCGCGGCCGCUUACGCGCUGGCAGCAGUUCGCGCGCCUCAAAGGUAUCCGACCCAAGAAGAAGACCAAUCUGGUGUGGGACGAGGUGAGCGGCCAAUGGCGGCGCCGCUGGGGCUACCAGCGCGCCCGCGACGACACCAAGGAGUGGCUGAUCGAGGUGCCUGGCAACGCCGACCCCUUGGAGGACCAGUUCGCCAAGCGGGUUCAGGCCAAGAAGGAACGGGUGGCCAAGAACGAACUGAACCGGCUGCGUAACCUGGCCCGUGCACACAAGAUGCAGCUACCCAGUGCGGCCGGCAUGCACCCAACUGGGCACCAGAGCAAGGAGGAGCUGGGCCGCGCCAUGCAGGUGGCCAAAGUCUCUACCGCUUCUGUGGGACGCUUCCAGGAGCGCCUGCCCAAGGAGAAGGCGCCUAGGGGCACCGGCAAGAAGAGGAAGUUUCAGCCUCUCUUCGGGGACUUUGCAGCCGAGAAGAAGAGCCAGUUGGAACUGCUGCGAGUCAUGAACAGCAAAAAGCCUCAGCUGGACGUGACGAGGGCCACCAAUAAGCAGAUGAGGGAGGAGGACCAGGAGGAGGCUGCCAAGAGGAGAAAAAUGAGCCAAAAGGGCAAGAGAAAGGGGGGGCGACAGGGUCCUGGGGGCAAGAGGAAGGGAGGUCCGCCCAGGCAGGGAGGAAAAAGAAAAGGGGGCUUGGGAGGCAAGAUGAGUUCUGGGCCACCUGGCUUGGGUGGCAAAAGGAAAGGAGGCCAGCACCAAGGAGGAAAGAGGAGGAAGUAAUAGUUUUCACCCUCGGGUCCGCUCUGUAAACCAAGAACUAUAUGCCAAACGUUAAGUUCUAGUUACAACAGCGGGAUGCAGAAGAAAGUGGCAGCUGCCUUCUUUGAACUUGAGGUUGAAGGGACAGGGUUGCCCUCCCCCAAGAGAGUAUUUAAGUGUUGAACUGUACCAAGUAGUGUUUUUCCUACAGCCGAGGCUUUGGCUGGAGUUGAUGUAUUUGAGGGCAUAAGAAUUAGGGGAAAAAAUUGAUGGAAAAUGGGAAUGAGUCUGUUGUCAAAACAGCCUUCCUUUUUCUUUUUAACUUUGGGUAUGAGACUAGGGAGAGUUGAUCAUAUAUCAGAGACAUCAUUGAUUUGUACAUUUCUACAUUAUUUUUAUAGCAGGCUUGUGUAUUUUUCAAAGCAGGGGGAAAGGAAAGAUUACAAACACUUUCGGAACUGGGCUUUAAAGUAACUAUUGAAAAGGUUAUUUAAUAAAGCUGUGUCUGUAUCCAGUGUUGCUUUUAACUUUUUUACUUUUGGUAGAAAUCAAGUGAAACCUGUGACCUGGAUACCAGGUAAUUUACUUCAGAAAAAAGCACAAAGCUGUUUACGGUUUCAGAGAGACCACUUUAGUUAGACAAACUCGUACUUGUUUUGUUAUCAAAUAUAUUGAAGAUGUUGGGUCGUUAUGAGUCCGAAUCGACUGGACAGCAAUGCUGUUGGUUCUGGUAAUGCAACUGAUGUCUGUUUGAAAAAAAGAUGUUAUGCUUUUUUCACACUUCGAAAACAUUGGUUUGCUGUAAACGGUAAGUUUGGGCCCCACUAAAUAAUG